GAACAACUGUUUUUGGCUCAACAUACUUCAGACCUCAAUGCAGAAACAGUUUGGUAUAUUGAUAGUGGUUGUUCUAACCACAUGUCUGGAUCCAAGGAUAUGUUCCAGGACAUUGAUGACACAAGAAAAGGUGUUGUCAGAUUGGGUGAUGGCAAGCAGCUUACAGUUGAAGGACUUGGAACCAUUUCAGUACACACUGAAGAAGGGAAGAAGAAACUCUUGUCCAAUGUACAAUAUGUGCCACAAUUAGCCCACAAUCUGCUUAGUGUUGGACAACUUGUGAGUGGUGGCUACUCAGUGACUUUUGAAAAUGGAAUGUGUGCUAUUAAAGAUGGAAGCACUGAUGAAGGAUUGUUGAAAGCUGGAAUGGGAAAGAACAAGCUGUUUCCAUUAGAUCUAUCCAUACACUGUGGAAGAGCUCUUGUUGUCAAAGGAGAAGAUAAUGCCAAAUUGUGGCAUUUGAGGAAUGUCAUAUUUGAUGAAGAUGCAGCAUGGGACUGGAAGACUGAAAAUCAGAACGAGGAAGAAACACAAAGGUUUAUCAGUUUUGACACUGCUACAGAUCCUGACCAGACUCCAGUGCAGACUCCAAUCUCAAGUCCCUCAGCUUCAACUACCUCUUCUCCUCCAACUACACCAUUGAAUCCACAUUCUCAUACCACUGAUGGCACCCAGGAUUCAGAUAGUUCUUCCAGUGAACUGCCAAGAAAAGUAAGAUCCUUAAUUGAUAUCUAUGAUUCAUGUUCAUUUGCUCUUGUUGUCACAGAACCUAGUAAUUAUGAGGAAGCUGCUACUCAUACUGAAUGGACACAAGCUAUGGAAGAAGAGAUUAAAGCCAUAGAAAAGAAUCAGACAUGGGAUCUUGUUACACUACCUAGGGAUAGGAGUGUAAUAGGACUGAAAUGGGUAUACAAAACCAAAUAUAACUCUGAUGGAAGUAUCUCAAAACACAAGGCACGACUGGUAGCAAAAGGGUAUGCUCAGCAAGAGGGUAUUGACUAUGAAGAAACUUUCUCACCUGUGGCCAGAUUUGAAACUGUGAGGAUAGUGUUGGCAUUAGCAGCUCAAUGGAAACUGCCUGUUUAUCAGUUAGAUGUAAAAUCAGCUUUCCUCAAUGGUGACCUACUUGAGGAUGUAUUUGUAGAGCAACCAGUUGGCUUUGUGAAGAAAGGGGAGGAAGAUAAUGUCUACAAACUCAAAAAGGCUCUAUAUGGUUUGAAACAGGCCCCAAGGGCAUGGUACGACAAAAUUGACUCUUUCUUUAUUGGGACUGGCUUUGUACGAAGUGAUAAUGAACCUACUUUGUAUGUAAAGAAAGAAGGUAUGCAUGAGUUCAUUAUAGUAUGCUUAUAUGUUGAUGACAUUAUCUACUUUAGUUCUUCCCAAAGCAUGCUAGAUUCUUUCAAGGGCUCAAUGACACAACAAUUUGAGAUGACUGAUUUGGGGCUGCUCCAAUACUUUCUGGGACUGGAGGUCAAGCAAGGUAUUGAUGGGACUUUUCUUUGCCAAAAGAGGUAUGCCUUAAAUUUACUCAAACGGUUUCAUAUGGUGGACUAUGAGACUGUCAAGACGCCUAUGAAUACUAAUGAGAAGUUACAAAAGUGUGAUGGAACUGAAGAAGCAGAUGCUAGGCUGUAUAGAAGUUUGGUAGGUGGGUUGAACUAUCUUACUCAUUCUCGGCCUGAUCUAGCUUAUUGUGUUAGCAUUGUAUCAAGGUAUAUGCAGAGUCCAACCAGGCAGCAUCUUGGUGCAGCAAGAAGGAUUCUGAAAUAUGUAGCUGGAACAUUGGAGUAUGGUUUAUGGUAUUGCAGUGUGAAGGAUUGCAAACUGAGAGGCUACACAGAUAGCGACUGGGCUGGGUGUAUUGAUGAUAGAAAGAGUACAUCCGGUUCUGUGUUUGACAUAGGUUCUGGAGCCAUAACUUGGAGUUCAAAGAAGCAGGAAACAGUUGCAUUGUCCUCUUCAGAAGCAGAAUAUGUAGCUGCAGGGGCUGCAGCCAAGCAGGCUCUAUGGAUUGGGAAACUAUUGAAGGAUUUGGGUUGCAAACAGUCUAAUGAACUUGAGCUAUGGUGUGACAACAAAUCAGCCAUAGCAAUGGCAAGAAAUCCAGCCUAUCAUUCACGAACAAAACAUAUAGAUGUGCAAUAUCACUUUAUUAGGCAGCUUGUGGCAGAAGGAAGAAUCUGGCUUCAGUAUUGUGGAACUGAAUGGCAGAAUGCAGAUUUGUUUACUAAAGCUCUAAACCAUGUGAAGCAUUAUCAUUUUAUGAAGAGAAUUGGAAUGUGUGAACUUGGAUCAAGGGGUGGUGUUGAAAGUGAUCAAGUUCAACAUACAUAGUGCAGUUGCAGACGUGGAGAAAUUUUUUGAUAUUACCUUAAUAUUAUGUUUGAAUAAGUCUUGUUUUGUUAGCUAUUAAUUAGGGAAUAGUUGGAGCAGUUUGUUUCUAUUCUUUGCACGUUCAAACACUUAGCUACAUUAUAGGAUCUGAUUAGUUUGCUUUGUAUGGCUAAUAUUCACUUUGUAAAGGCUAUAUAAAGCCCACAUCAGUUCAUACGAAAUAUAUGUUGAGUUGUGC